AUGAAAAAAUCACCAUUAUUUAUUUAUUCUACCAGAAUUGGUGCAUACUAUCAUUUAACCCCAUUCAAUCAAUAAACACUAAACUUAGAAACGGCUUUAAUAAGUGCAGGUGAUUUUUUUCAUAUGGAAAACACACUGAAAAAACUUGAAUCAUAACCAAAUAUGAGUUUUCGUAAGUACAUUAAUUAGGAAAAGAAAACCUUGUAUAUGAGUUCGAUUGAUAACUAUAAAAUGAAAUGCGUUGAAAGAUCAUCAAAUUAUGAUGGUGUCAAAAUUACUUAAUUAGGAGGAAACAAAUUCAUAAAAAAUUAACAAUACAAUAAUUUGGCUAGAUUAAUUAAUCCAGAUAUAUUGGUCUCCUUAACUGAAUAAUCAGAGAUUUAAACAGGGUAUAAUUCUAUAAAGAGAUCUGCUUAAAAAUCAGCUAAAUUUUUAAAAGAAAGUUUAAAUGAAUUAAAAGAUACUUAAAUUUGCAUCUUUGGUGCAAUCUAAGGAGGUUUAGAUAUUGAUUAAAAAAUUAUUGCAGCAGAAACAUAAAGGUUUGCGGCUGAUUAUCAAAAUUUCAAAGGUUUGACUCUCUAUGGAUUCAAUUAAGAAGAUUCUUGGAGAGAAAAGGACAUGGCUAUUUCAGCAAUAUAAACAGUCUUUCAUGAAUAUAAUUUAUAAUAUGUUUUGGCAGGACACGGAGAGAUCUUAUCCAUACUUUGGGGUAUAAGUUGGGGCAUAAAAGGGUUUGAAAUUGAAGAACCUUUUCGAUUUGCUCAAAAUCACAAAGCACUUUUAUUGCCAAAAUUGGAAGCAAAAAAAACUGAACUCCAAUGCCUUUCUGGAGAUAGAAUAAACUUUUAUGAAUUAGAGGGCAAGAAAAUACGUUUUGUGAAUUUUGCUGUAACUUCAGAUAGUAAAGAAAAUGUUCCAAUCGAUCCUGAAUGUUCCUGUGUUGUAUGCCGGAAACAUACAAAAUUGUAUAUAUCUCAUCUUGUUGAAUGCAAGGAAAUGAAUUCUUAAGUAUUAUUGACAAUUCACAAUAUCCAUUAAUAUGUGUAACUCCAGUAGAAAUUAGAAGAGAUGCACAAUUAACAAUAAUUAAAUCAAUGGAUUAGAUGGGUUUUAUAAUAAUUAUGA